AUGGUGCGCACCUGCCUCGAGGAGGGAGGGUUUGAUUUAAUCCGGGAAGGACGCAAAGUACUAACGCAGCAUCAGGAUAGUCUAUCAGAGUUAGCAUCAAGUAUAGGGGAGGGAAAUAGGCCUAAAAGAAGAAGGGAAAGAAGACAAAAGGAUCCUAAAGAGUUAAAACAGGAGGGACUGCAGCCCUCACAAAAGGAAAAGGGUCUUGGGGAUGACCACAAAGAGGGGGUCUCAAGGAGACCCCUAUAUCCUUCUUGGAAGGCAAACAGGUUCUCAGCCCUACAUGAGGAAGGGCUGGACCAAGAACGCAGUGAUCCUUUGAGUUACUCAGAGGAAGAAAUGUUAGAGGAGGAGGGAGAGCAGCUCGAUCCAGCUGAUAAUGACUUAAAAGAGGCUGCCGCUGAGUAUGAGGCAGACAGGUAUGGGGGAUGGUGUCCCCAAACAAUAGGAGUGCCGCAGCAGCCGGAAAGGAGGAGAGGAGCUGGCCCUCACCUGUCGGCCCCCCCUCCGUGCCCGGAGGCAGGGCGGAGUCACUUUAUAGAAGGAAACACCUGGUCGCAGCUGGCGGCCGCCUUUCCAGUCUUUGAGAAUCCCAUUACCAAUGAGAGAAUUCUUGAGCCGGUUUCCUACUCCCAGUUAAAAGAUUUAGUUGAGGCAGUCAGGGUUUAUGGGGUGACGGCCAAUUAUACCAUUGCCUUGCUUCGAAGGUUAAUUAUUAAUGCUAUGACACCUAUGGAUUGGUUUGAAGUGGCCCGUACUUGCCUUAAUCACGGGCAGUUCCUUGAUUUUCGGUCAAUUGUUCAAGACAAGGCUCAAGCCCAAUACAGACAAAAUGUCCGUGACGGGCACCCGGACUGGACCGAAGAUAUGCUUCUCGGGCAGGGACCCUAUGCUGUAGAUCAAACAGGAUAUCCCUUUGAGGUGUAUCGACAGGUUAAUACUCUUUUUUAUAAAUCCUGGCAGGCCCUCCCAAACAAGGGAGAGACGGCCGGCAAUCUGACAAAAAUCGUCCAGGCCCCUAAUGAGCCAUUUUCUGAUUUUGUUGCCCGUAUGCUAGAGACAGCCGAGCGGGUGUUAGGAGAUCUGGAAAUAGCCAUGCCAUUUGUACAACAAAUCAUUUUCGAACAAAGCACCAAGGAAUGUCAGAGGGCAAUUGUCCCAAUAAAAACUCAAAGCCUAAAAGCUUGGAUAAAGGCCUGCAAAAAAGUGGGUGGCCCCCUGACCAAUGCGGGGCUGGUGGCUGCUGUCUUGUCGGCUGCCAGGGCCGCAAAAAAUAAUAAAAAAGGAUGUUUUCGGUGUGGAGCCAAAAAACGGGGAAAAGGGCCCUCGUCCCCAGGGCCCAAAAAUUUACGGGGCGUUUCAGACUCCGGCUCCCGGACAGCACCCGCAGCAACCCCCCAGCCAAAGAGAGCAACCUCAGGCUCCGCAGGGUUGGACCUCUGUGCCACCUCCGGACGGGUAUUAACACAGCAGAUGGGAAUCCAGGUUGUGGAGACGGACAUGACAGGACCCCUAGAUGAAGGCACUGUAGGAAUAGUUUUAGGACGCUCCUCCUCCACAAUGAGGGGAUUAGUAAUUUACCCGGGGGUGAUUGACCCUGACUAUACGGGGACUAUCAAGGUCCUCUGCCAUGUCCCCCAUGGAGUGGUGUCCAUUUCUCCCGGGGAUAAAAUUGCACAGCUCCUGCUUUUGCCUUCUCUUCAUGACAACUUCCCUGCUAAGGAGAUAGAGAGAGGAGAUAAAGGGCUAGGCUCCACUGGAGUCGACCUUACGUGCCUGUCCAUAACCUUAGACCAAAGACCCAUGCUAACUCUCCAAGUAAAAGGGAAAAGAUUUGAAGGACUGGUGGAUACAGGGGCAGAUAGAAGCAUCAUCCAAAGAGGGGAGUGGCCAAAGCAAUGGCCAACUCAAAAAUCCUCCCAGACCUUACAAGGGCUGGGUUAUGCUGAUGCCCCACAGUUAAGUGCAAAAAAAUUAACUUGGAAAACAGAUAAAGGCCAGGUUAAAAAAAUACAGCCAUUUGUGGUAGACGUCCCUGUCAAUCUUUGGGGAAGAGAUGUGCAGCAACAGCUAAAGUUAACUUUAACUAAUAAUUACUCUGAGACCAACUCUAUGUUGCCGGGCCCGAUGGCAAAGUGUAAUGCCCUGGCGGACCAGGCAGCUCGGGCUGUGGCCCUGGUUGCUGCUGAUCCUGUAGAAUUGGCAAAAGACUUUCAUAGAUUGUAUCAUGUACCCGCAAAUACCCUUAGGAGAAGAUAUAAUUUGCCCAGGCAUGUGGCAAGAGAUAUUGUUAAAGCCUGUAAAUCUUGUGUUACCUUUCUUCAUCCUCCCCAUGUGGAGGUAAACCCCAGGGGGUUGAGACCAAACGCCCUAUGGCAAAUGGAUGUUACUCAUCUGACAGAAUUUGGUAAGUUGAAAUAUUUACAUGUGUCUGUGGACACCUUUUCUGGUGUCAUUCAUGCCACACCUUUGGCAGGAGAAAAGGUGUCUCACGUCAAAAUACACUGCUUAGAAGCUUGGGCAGCUUGGGGAAAGCCCCUUAGACUUAAGACGGAUAAUGGCCCUGCUUAUACUUCCCAUGGUUUUUGCGCCUUUUGCGCACAAAUGCAAGUUGCCCACACCACCGGAUUGCCCUACAAUCCUCAAGGACAAGGUAUAGUGGAAAGAGCUAAUAGAAGCAUAAAAGAAAUGCUUCAAAAACAAAAAGGGGGAAUUGCUGAGUCAGCGUCCCCCAGGGAAAGACUUUCUCUUGCGCUCUUUACCCUUAAUUUUUUAAUUCUAAAUGACAACGAUCAGUCUGCCGCAGAUCGGCAUAUGACAAGAGACCCCAUGGAUACUAAAGACAUGGUUAUGUGGAAGGAUGUUAUUAAUAAUAAAUGGUAUGGACCGGAUCCGGUAAUAACGAGAUCCAGGGGAGCUGUUUGUGUUUUUCCACAGAGUCAAGAAGUACCUCACUGGGUGCCAACGAGACUGACCAGGCUGGUGGAGACUGCAGAAGAGCCCCCUCUUGAAAAAGAAGACCCGCAAAAUGAAGAUGCCAUCCACUCGUCUCCUGAUGCAGCUGAUCUUCCUGCUGUUAGCAGCAGUGCUAAUAGCAACCCCUGUGAUAGCUAA